AUGUGUCAUAUUAACAGAGAAAAAUAUGCAGUUAUGGACGCUGACAGCAGUUACGGCGGUAGUGAUACUGCGCAAGAUCCUCAUUCCUCCUUAGAUAACUCCCACAACUCCCAAAAUGGCAAACACGAACAUGUGGAUAAAAUAACAAUGGCUGUACAUGUCAUGCCCGACGCUGAAAUAGAGAAACAAUCUCCUGAUGACCAUUAUUACCACAAGAAUGAAAUUACAGUUCCUGUUAACUUAGAUGAGACGGAUUUGCAACAUAAUACCGAUACCAAAUUGCCGCAUUACCUUGCCACUGCGAAUAUAGACAUCAACGAAUCUCUAGAAAAUCACAGUAAUUUAGAAGAAAUGAAUAGAAAUUAUAAAAGUCAACACAAACUUAACGACAGUUUCUCGAGAAAAUCUAAAGACGAAUCACCAAGUGGAAUUGACAAUCCAGCAUUUAUAGAAGAUGUGAAAAGCACUUUUAACAAUGAUAUGCCAUAUAGUAAUGGAUUAGUUUCAGAUCCAACAAAGUCUAACAAUCACGAACCCGUAACGGAAGCAGUCAAUUUAGAGCUGAUAAACAUGAAGCCAGGCAGUGCCAUUCAUAACGGCCUUAAGGGUUACGAUACCGCCGGAAUGAGUACUAUUCCUUUGAAAAAAGAAGACGAAGACGUUAGGAAUCCUUACGACGAGUAUUUCGUGCCGGUGAAUGAACACAGGAAGUUCAUGAGGGGCGAGAAGUUGUAUCUGACGAAAGACAACAGAGUCGAAAAGAGGAAAAAUAAGUGGAUUUGUUGGUCAUUAUGUAUCAUCAUAGUAGCUAUAGCUGUAUUACUUGGAAUUUUGGCAGCGACUGGUAUCAUAGGUCAUCAGUCAGAAUUACCACAAGCAGUAGAAUCGAGCGGAAGAAGUUUCGAUAACAACACACCAAUCGAUAAAGGAGGUUUAAGCAUACCAGGAGUCAACGAAAAACCACCUUUAACGCCCGAACCUCCUUUAUCCACUAUUGCUUCAAUGUUACCGACCACUGAUGAAGCUCAGAUUGUAGUUCCUCGUGCUCUAGAAUCCGAAUUUAAGAUUGACAACUUAUAUUUUAACCCAGAUAUGUUUGAUAAGACAAGUACUGAAUAUAAGGCUUUAUCUGACGCAUUGGAAAAACAGAUACAAGAAGCUUUGCGGUCUGAUGAGAGACUGAAAUAUGCACCUGAAGAAUUUGAAGUAAAAGUUAUGGAAUUUAUGCCUGGUAGUGUAAUUGUCAAAUAUAGAAUCACUUGGAAAUCAAAACAAAGGCCCCAAGUUGAAGAAACUGCUACAACAAAUACUGCCGAUCCUAUAGAUGAAAACUCUCUCAGCAGAAUUAUAACAGAACAUCUAAAAACAAAUAAUGAUCUUAUGGGAGAAUAUCACGUCCCAGAAAGUUCCAUCAGAUCUGAAAGAAUACUUGAUCAGUGCAAAAUACAAAACAAUGGCUGUGAACAUCUUUGUAUUUUCGAUUAUAAUAACUUGGAUUUUCAGUGUGUCUGUCCUGACGACAAACAUCUUAGUUCAAAUGGAAAACAUUGUAUAGAUAGUAUACCGAUUAUGUCUGAAUUAGACAUACCUAAUUUAGAAAGUGAACCAGAAACCAAAGCCGAACCAGAACCCUUACCCGAACCAGAACCCUUACCCGAACCUGAACCGGAACCAACACCCGAACCUGAGCCUAAAUCAGAACCUGAACCAAAAUUAGAACCAGAACCUGCACCCGAAUCUGAACCAAAAGCAGAACCAGAACCUACACCCGAACCUGAACCCAAAACAGAAUCAGUACCUACACCCGAACCUGAACCCAAAACAGAACCAGAACCUACACCUGAACCCAAAUCAGAACUAGAGCCAAAAGCCGCACAUAAACCCAUGGCUGAAACAGAAUCUACAGCAGAGCCGGAGCCAUCUCCAGAACCAGAACCGGAACCUACAAUUGAACCGGAAAUUAAAACAGUAAAAGUGCCAGUAUCUGAGUGGGAACAUCAAACUGAACCUGAACCAAGUGCAGAACCAGAAGCUACGCCAAAACCAGCACCAGAAGCAGCACAAAUGGACAAGAUUACAAAACUGGAACAUGAAUCUAAAACUGAAGCAACAUCAAACAAAGAAAUUAAUGAUGAACAUACACUUAAAAUAGAACGUAUUCCCGAAGUAGAACAAGAAACUCAACAAGACAUCGAACAUAUGAGAAGUUUCUACAAUGAGAGUCCCACGCACUCAGACGUUCACGUGGUGGAGAUGCAGACUUCUUUGCCUACUACUACGAAGAACUAUUCAUCCGAUUUUGUAAUUCCAUUGUCAGAUAAUGAUGACAAUCAAGUUUCUGAUGAGCCGCAAGUAACUACUAAGAAGUCACCAGAUUCCGUAGAUAACGGAAUCCUUGUAGGAUCACCGACGGAAAAAGCCGCAGAAGAACAUCGCAGUUUAUCUAAGGCUAGUUCAGACUCAGAAAACUUCUUCCUAAAUCCAAUACUAGCAGAUUCGAUAACUACUACCACUUCCACUGAAAGUUCUGACGAAGAAACUCAACCAAGGAAAAAUAAGAACAUUUAUGAGCACGAUACAUUCAAUAAAACAAAUAAAUCAGAUACCUACGUACACGUAGAAGACAUUUCAACAGAAAAACAAACAUACGAUGCUAGUAUCGAUUCUAGUUUCCUAGACCAAGAUGAUUUGGAAGAAGUUAUGCGUAAGAUUUUCACUCCUCCAGCUGAAAUUCACAUUGAAGGUACCACCGAAAAAAAUACUGUCUAUAUGGUUCCAGUACUAAACGCUUCUGUGCAUAAAGAGGAAUACAGAGAACCAAAGAUUCACGAACUUCACAUUAACCCCAUAAAUUCAUCUAACUCAGAAAAUGAGACAGUACAUCACUUUUCUGACUCAGUAGAAUCGUCUGAACCCGGCCACGAUGAAUACAUGAAUCCAUUUCUCCCAGAACUUGACAAUGAUACCUUCGUCAACUCUUUACACUCAGAAGAGCACUUCGUCGAUCACGAUAACCACGAUAAUGUUUCUACCAUCAAACCAUCUUCAGGGGAACAUCGUAACGAAACCAGUACACCAGCACCCGCUGAUGAACAUGGCGACAGACUGGUGCUUGCUUCUGUUCAUGAGAAUAAAGAUGAUCAAGUAUCUACACUGCCCUCACUGGAUGCGGAAGACACAGUCAAUUCAACUAAACCACCUUCUUUGGAAUUUGAUCAACUGAACCGAACAAAUCCAUUCGAUAACCACACCGCCGACGCCACAAAACUAAAGGAAGAAGAAAACUCUUCCAGCGAAGAAUUAGGCAUCGAACCUUUAAAACCAGAGGUGAUGAUCAUCAUUUCUGAUAGAAAUGAAACUACCUCCGAAUUAUCAGCUACCACAGAAUAUAUUACUACAGAAGGUAAUUUAAUCUCAAAGAACUCUAAUUUGGAAAUCAAAGACUACGAAAUAAACACUAGUACUGAUUCACCUUCGAUGAAUGAACAUCCUCUGAAUACGACAAUAAAAACUGUGGGCGGUGCUGUUGAAACUGCAAACAAUAUAGUUGACACUACAAACACACCUAACGAAAAUAUUGAACAUGAAAAUCACCCUGAGAAUCAAAAUAAUCUAAAUCAGGAAAUUCGCAUUGAUGAAAUCGUGAAUACAGAAAAUACUGCUUCAGAAAAAUCUGAAAUUAGUAGUAUACCUGUUGCUUCAGAAAGAGUAUAUAUGAACGAAACCAAACUUACAACAACUGAAAAAGUAACCACCGAACAUGACAAUAUUAACGUUGUAAAUUCCUCAGAGGUGACAACAGAUAGUACAACGAAUCCUAGUCUUAGUCAAAUUCAUAUAGCUGAAGUACUACCAACCGAAAAGACCAAAAAAUUUGAUACAAACAAUACAGAAAUCCGCAUUGAAGAAAAUAUCACCGAGGUUCUUCCAGACACGUUAAACCAUUCUUCCACUGAGCCUCCUAAACAAAUAACAACUUUGCCAGCCGAUAUUAUCAACAACAUUCACAGCAAUAGUUACUUUGAUGAAAUAGUCCAACAUAAUGAUAUUAAUACAUCAGAAAAUUCAUCCUCUGUUGAAAGUACAGCAAAUUCUUCGAACGUUAACAAUUUUAACGUAAUCACUUCUAGUACUGAGGAUCUGAUUGCUUUGGAAACAACAACAAAUAUAGAGGGAACGACUAUUCCAGAUAUUGAGGAAAAUGACCUAAAGAAGUCUGAACCAACAAUGGCAGUAGAUCAAGAUAUUGAAACCCCCACCACAGUAGUCAACGUGAAAAACAUCAAUGAACAAAAAGAAGAAGAAAAUGAAAUUUCAACCCAAAGUAACCAAGUAACAACUAUGGAUUCAAACUUAUACGAAGUAAAGGAAACUGUUGCAGAUGUGACUACUACAAAGACGUUCUUUGUUACGCAGAAAACAACCACUGAAUCGAAAGAGAUUGAAGAAGAUUCAACCCAAGAACUAGGCAUAAUUCCUUUAAGCGAAGACACUUCAUCCGAAACGCCCAAACAAAAAAAAGAUCUUUCCUUCGAAAAUAACGAGAUCUCAAACGAAAAGACUGACAACACCAAUGAUAAACUCAAUGAAGUUUCUUCCAAAAAGGAUCAAGUGAUACCAGUUACAGAAGACUUUGUAUUGCCUAAGGUUUCCAGGUGUUCACCAGGACAGUUUCAUUGUGUGAAUGGAACUUCAGUUAAAGAUAGCAGUUACUGUAUUCCAAUCGGUGACAGAUGUGACUCUGUUUUGGAUUGCACUGAUGGUUCUGAUGAAAUCGAUUGUAUGGAAGAAGGCUGUCCCAAUAAUUAUCAGUGUGCCAGCAAGCAAUGCCUAAAGCGACAUCUUGUAUGUGAUGGCAUUUUGAACUGUAAUGAUGGAAGUGAUGAAAUCAAUUGUGAAUCAUGGACAUGCAGCCCUAACGAAAUAUCAUGCGGUCCUUCAAACCGCUGCAUACCCGCCUCUUGGAAAUGUGACGGUAGAAAACAUUGUUCAGACGGGUCCGAUGAGGAUGGAUGUAUGACUACUGGUCCAUGUCCCGGGGAAUCUUUCAGAUGUUCUGUGGAUAGCAGCUGUAUGCCUAAUUCAUGGAGAUGCGAUGGACUGUUGGACUGUGCCGGAGGAGAGGACGAAAUGUCUUGCACAUGUACUGAUGAAGAAUUCAAAUGCCAAAUGGGAGGUGGUUGUAUUCCCAUAUCCAAUCGUUGUGACGGUAUUGCCCAGUGUGCUGAUAGAUCUGACGAAUGGAAUUGCCUGAAAUUGGAUAAUUCUAUGAUGAACGUUACAGAUUUAAAUGACAAGAAGAUAUUGCAGGUUCAAGCAAAGAACAAUACUUGGUAUCCAAUAUGUAUGGACUGGACGAUAUGGAAUACAACCUUCGCAGACCUAGUAUGUCAAAAGUUGGGAUAUACUGCUUCCGCUACCUUAGAAUCCGUUCCAGAACCUAAAAACUUGACGUCAAAGAUAAGCUAUAAUUUGCAAGUGAUGGCUGAGCAUGACGAGUCUCUGCACUUUAUAGAAAAUAUUGUACCGAACUGUGAUCAAUAUGUCUCUAUUAGUUGCCAAGAAUACGUUUGUGGAAGUUCCGCCAACUUAGACGUCACCUCAACAGGAAUAGUGGGCGGAGAAAAAGCAUCUGCCACGAAGUGGCCAAGUCUUGGGCUCCUCUAUAACAAAAAGAGCAAUGUUUACUGCACCUCGACUUUGGUUACACCUCUUUGGGCAGUAACAAGCUACUCCUGCGUCGUUGGACACACAUCUCAACCCAUUAACAACGAUGAUUGGCUGUUUUACGCGGGGGGUACCAAUAAAGGUGAUAAUUUUACUAGUCAGGUUAGGAAGUUGAAGGAAAUAGUAGUUCAUCCACAAACGAAAUUCUCAAAUUUUGGUUUCAAGAAUGAUGCCGUUUUGCUCAGGUUAAGAAAACCAAUACAUAUCAAUGUAAAUGUUAGUUUUGUUUGUUUGCCAAAUAGUGGAAUAGAACCGAGACAGCUGUGUGUAGUAGCUGGAUGGGGCAUUAAUCAACCAGGAGAGCCGACUAUACAGCAAUAUCUUCACUACCUACCAGUCCCGUUGAUAGAUACAGAUGACUGCAAUUCAACCGAACAUUACAAUGGAAAAGUUACAGAUGACAAAAUAUGUUCAGGGUACAUAGAUUCUGACAAAACACCGUGUUUCAAUGACGAAGGAGCACCUCUGAUGUGCUUUUCCGACAAAGCUGCUAUCUGGGAACUUCAUGGGUUGCUCAGCCACCACGGUAACUGCGGCAGCACCAACAAGCACCCAGCUAUCUAUACAGCUGUUAAUCCAAGUCUGAGGUCGUGGAUGGUCAAUGUCAUCGGUCGGCAAGCUUUUUCAAAGUCGUAAGAAGGAUGCGUGAAGUAUAUAUAUACUAGAGUUUUAUAUUUUUCCACUUUUUUAUAAAUUGAUGUUGUUACUUUUAUUUUUUUUUUUUUUUUGUAAAAAAUGUAUUGUACCAAAAUAUACAGGGUUUAACAAAAAGACAGGUCAUAAAUUAAAUCACAUAUUGUGGGACCAAAAAUAGUUCGUUUGAGCCUAACUUACCUUAGCACAAUGUGCACAUUUUUGUGCAAUAAGUAUAUCGAAAACUAUUAGAGAUUUUUUUAUUAAAAAUGGACAUUUGACAUUCUUAUGGAACAUUUUAAAAAAUAUAACAGUGAAAUUGUGCACCCCAUAAAAAAUUUAUGGGGGUUUUGUUCCCUUAUAAGAAUGCCACAUGUCCAUUUUCAAUAAAAAAAAUCUCUAAUAAAGGGCUGUAACUUUUUGUAUGUGCACAUUAAAAAUAUGUGAUUUAAUUUAUGACCCUUUUUGUUACACCCUGUAUAGACAGUUUUUGCUAUAAGAUCCGUUAAUCGUCAUUUUGUAUUUUUUUGUAGUUUCACUAUUUAAUAUUUAUAGAACCUAAGAUUAGGGACGUAAAGUUCCUCUUUUCAUUCUUUUAAUUUUGGUUGUAUAUUGCUUAAAUAAAAACUAAACUUGAGAGCAAAAUAAUCAACUCACUCGCUGAAUUGUACACGUUAGAUGUCUCGAAUUUCCUAAACUUGUCCCAUUUGAGUGACUUUUUAGUAUAUUAUAGCCUUACUAUUUAAAGAAAAUCGAUGUAAUGAUAAUGUUGCUAGACGGGUAAAUGUAAUUUUAUACCAGGUGUAACAAUCAUACUGUGUUUUUUUCUUAGAGUUCGGAACACCCUGUGGAAUAUUCUAGAUUCUAGCAUAUAUAAAAUAUUUACAUUCCAACUCAAUUGUAGCCUUAGGCUUUCUUAACAUUUCGUUUUUUGAUUCAUUCGCUUAUGUUUGAUAAUAAAAGAGAUAUGUACUUUUAUAUUACAAAUGAGUUAUGCUAUUUGGUCUUGAUCAAUAUCAUUCCAAAUAUCGAAAGCUACUGUUUGUACCUCUUGUGAGGUUCUAGGAGGUGGAAAACGCUGUCGUAGUCUUCUGCCAAUUAUGUCCCACAAAUGUUCCAUCCGGUUAAGAUCUGGACUAUGCGAUGGCCAAUUCAAAGCCCGAAGAUUUACCCGUUGUAAAUAUUCGGUUACAAUUUGUGAACGUGAAGUCUGGCAUUAUCGUGCAUUAGCAAAAAAUUGUUACCAAUAUAAGGACACGAUAGCAUGGUAGCUAAGUCCUUCGCUAUGUAAGAUCACUGCUUGAACACACUCAUCGCGGGUCAAAUUCCUUGUAGCGCGUUCCAUUUCCACCAAACAACAAAAAAAAAUACGAACUUAAUUGAAAUUUUAAAUAGUAAAUCUACCAAUUUUCACAACAAACAAGACAUUUUUUGACUGUUAACAAUUUGACAUCCAUUAAAUUGUUAAUUUCUCUUAGCAUACUUUAGGCUUGUUUAUUAAACUAAGCAGAAAAUGAGGAUUUAUUGAUGAAAAACAUCGCUAGUUGUUAACGUACCUUACUUUUUUAUUAUUCAACAUAAGCAAAUGAGUCAAAAAAGAAAAUGUUAAUAAAGCAUAAGGCUACAAUUGGGUUUUAAUUUCAAUAUUUUAUAUAUGCUAUAAUAUUCCACAGGGUGUUCCGAACUUUAAGAAAAAACAAUGUAUGAUUGUUACACCCGGUAUAUAAUGACAUUUACCUGUCUAGCAACAUUAUUAUUACAUUGAUUUUCUCAAAUAAUAAGGCUAUAACAUACUAAAAAUAUCACUUAAAUCGGACAACAAGUUUAGGAAAUUCGAGACAUUUAACGCGUAUAAUUCAGCGAGUGAGUCGAUUAUUUUGCUCUCAAGUGUAGUUGCUUAAAUAAAAAAGUUAAAAUAUACAUAUUGAAUUAAAAAAGUGGAAAUUAUUAUAUAUCGUGAAUGUUUUUUAUUAUAAGUUUCUAAGCAAAUAUAAACCUUAAAUUGUGGUUAUAUUAUCAUACUUUUUGGUAAAAUACAAGAGCAAAUUAUUAGACCAUAGUGCAAUAAGAGGAUUAUAUUUUUAAACGACUUUUUGUAUUUAUUUUUACAUUAUUCCAAAAAUAUAUGUAAAUCUACACUUUAUCGUCCAUUGUAGAUUUUUAUAUAAUAAUAGUGUAUUCAAAAAUAGGUAAGACUCCAUUUCUUUCGAUAUAAUUGACACUGUUAAAUGAAAUAAUCAUUGAAUUCUCUCAUAAAUGCCGAUAGUUUUAAUUUAUUCAGAGUCAGUACUCAUUUUAACAUAAUUAUAUACAUAUAUUUUCUGUUGUUGCUUUUUCUUUCGUCUUUUUUUAUUCUUGUUCUACCUAUAGUAUAUCACUUUUAAUUAGCGUCAUGUUCUUGACACAUCUACUUUACUUUUUCGUGUCUAAAUCCGACUACAGUUUUUCUGCCCAGUAUCGGGCUACGUUUACACCCUUUGUAUUUGUGAGCCAUAAAUCAUCGAGGGUGCACUGUGAUAGGCAAAGUCCGCAUACUCUCAGGUGCUCCACGUUCUGUAUUUCCCAACAUUCAUAAAGUGCGUCGUUAUCUGUCUUGAUGCCCCAUUUAAUGAGGCUCUGUUUUACAGGGGCAACACCUGUGGGUAUGCGGUUGAGUGUUCGCCAGGUUCAUUCCAUUAGGUCGUUCUGGAUUUAGGGGGAACAGGUCGGGUGGUUCGGCGCUGACAUUUCUCAUAAACCAUUUCCUUGAUUUAAGUCGGUUGGUUCCUGGUGGUUCGUCAAACCCAUAUAAUUGGUGCCUUUCAUCGAAAGUUUGCCUGAACUUCUCCACAUAUUGUGAGGUGCAUCUACGGUCGUCUGGUGAUGCGAAUCCAGCUGUCCGGUACAGCAGGGGUAGAGGGCCAGGCUUCAUACAACCGAUAGUUAUUAUACAUGUCUCAUUUAACGCCGUGGUGACUUGUUGGGCGUGUCUAGAUCUACCCCAGACAGGAUAUUCCCCUGUUGAGAAACAUAACGCCUCAGCUGGUGACUUUAAGACCUGGGCGUUUGCACCCUACUUGCUCCCUACUUGCUCCCUACAAGUUUCCGGAGAAGGUUGUUUCUCGUAGAAACCUUUUGCCUUGUGCUCUGACAGUGGAAUUUAUAUGUUAGUGACCGGUCUAGUAUCACUCCAAGAUAUUAUCAGUAUUUGGAACAUAGCGUUGUCGCUCCAAGAAUCAUUCAGACUUACACGCACCAGAUGGUUAUUGAGAUGGAAUGUACAUACUUGGGUUUUAGUAGGGUUUGGCUUUAAUUAGUUUUGUUUGUAGUAAGUUGAUAUCAUACUUAAAGCCUCUUCCAUGAUCGACUCCACUUGUGUGAGUGUUUUCCCCUUUACGGCGAUACCAAGGUUGUCAGCGUAAACAAAACUCUCAGUCUGGGGGUGUUUUUUUGGGUUCUCCAUCUGCUCUUAUUUCCAUUUAGCACAACAUAGAAGCGUCUAUUACACAACAGUGAUCUAAUGAUAUUUAUCUGCAUGAUCUAAUGAUAUGAUUUAAAGGAUUUUGUACGUUAUGACAUUCUUAAUAUUGCAUGCUUCCGCUUCGUUUCUUCUUUUUGUUUUGUGCAUAUUAUUUUGAAAUUCCAUUCAGAAAUUGCUUAGAUGACUCACCGGAUCGUGAUAGAGGUAUUUUGUUGCCUCCGGAAUGAUUGUGUGCACCGUCACCUAAUAAUUUCACUUUGGCAAGUGGUUUUUAAGUAUAUAGUGCCUGGUUGCACCAACAUAUCUAAAGCCUAAGACGUGCUUUAAGCUCAGCUUCCUAAACAUACGCGUUGCACCAUUGAGUCUUAGAUCAAUUUUCAGCUUACUGCAUCUUAUAUUUCGUCUCAGUUAAGACCUGCUUAACCUGCUAAGAUAAAAAUCGAAAAUUAUGGAUCUAUAAGCUGAGCUUAGCUAAGCUGGAGCUUAAGAUUUGUUGGUGCAACCAGACAUGUCACUUCAUUUUGCUUCGAAUUUGUAUGAAGUAUUCGUAUUAAAUCCCUAAACUGAUCCUUCCAUAUCUGUCUUCCUUUCCUUUUCAUUGAAUAUUUCAUAACUUCUUUCUGUUUCUGACUGUUUUCUAGUUUUACUCUUUCUCCUUUUUGUUUGAAAUUGGUAAUGUUAAAACACUUUAUACAUAUUUACAAACAGUAGUAGUAUCGAAUAGAUAAUGAGAGAAUUAAUAAUUAAUAAAUCCUUUUAAGAUUUUUACACUCAAACAAUGUAACUGGAGAUGCCAUACUUUGCAAAACCAAACCGUAUUGGAAAGAAAUACUUAAGUAAUUUAUUUAUUUUUGAACUCACACAUACUUAUCAUCAUUCCAUUACAGAGUUAAGGAGCAUAAUUUUAUAUAGAAUGUAAAAAACAAUUUCUUGCAUAAAAAUAAUCUAAAAUGGUUAUAACUUUUAUAGUAUUAAGUUUUAAAUUGUAUAUAUAGUGUCCUAAAAGUUGUGGCAUUGUGAAUACAUAGAUGACUUGGUGUAAAUACUAAAAUCACGCUGCUCAAUGUUAUGAUGACUUCUUCGGUUACUUUACACAAUCCAGUCAAAAUAGACAUUCAACUUGGAAAAAAUGGGAUAAUUCUAAAAACUUCAUAAGUACAAGUUUAAAAUACACUGCGCGUCAGAGAAAACAUUGCUGUAAUAAUAUUGUUGCUAGACGGGUAAAUUGUCAUUGUACACACCGGGUGUACCAAUCAAACUGGGUUUUUUCCUCAAAGUUAAGUACUUUAACAACUAGCCAUGUUCGUCAUCAAUACGGGGUUUUUCUAAAUAAGUGCGACAAACUUUAAGGGUUAAUUUUGUAUGAAAAAAUAAUGACCGUUUGCUUUAUAAACAUAUGUCCGCAAAUGCUUCGUUACCAAGAUACGGGAUGUUGAAUUUUUUCUUACAAACUGACGAUUUAUUUAUUGUUCUAAAACCGGUUGAGAUAUGCAAAUGAAAUUUAGUAGGUUUUAAGAGGUAGUUAUUGUGCAUUUUUUGUCAUAUUUCCCGUAUGCACUCCAAUGGUGAAUAUAAAAUUUUUAAUUGUAUGUCAAAAAAUGCGGAAUAACUACCUCUUAAAACCUACCAAAUUUUAUUUGCAUAUCUCAACCGGUUUUAGACCAAUAAAUAAAUCGUUAAUUUGUAAGAAAAAAUGAAACAUCCAUUAUAACAGAAAUGAAGCAUUUGCGGAUAUAAAUAUGUUUAUAAAGCAAACGGUCAUUUUUUCAUGCAGAAUUAUCCCUUAAAGUUUGUCGUACUUUUUAGAAACACUCUGUAUUGAUGAAGAACAUGGCUAGUUGUUAAAUUACCUAACUUUUGGAUUAUCAAAUACAUAUAAGCAAAUGAAUCAAAAAACAGAAAGAAAACCUGAGACUAUACUGCCGUGCUAAGCCCAAAGGCGGUAACUGAUUUUUUAUCGAAAAUGAGAUUGUUGUAUUUCUAGGGUAGAACAGGGUAUUUAGAAUAUAUUUACAAAGUUCUUGGAGUUGCAGAAGUACUAUAAUGGGUAUCUAGAAUAUAUUUACAAAGUCUUUGGAGUUGUAGAAGCAUUAUAAUAUAAUGAAACCUACCUAGAAAUACAAAAAUCUCAUUUUCGAUAAAAAAUCAGUUACCGCCUUUCGGCUUAGCACGGCAGUAUAGUUGGGUUUUAAUUUCAAUAUGUUAUAAUUGCUAGAAUAUCCCACAGGGUGUGAGUGUGGUGAACUUUGAGAAAAAACACAGUUUGAUUGGUACACCCCGUAUACAAUGACAAUGUUCCUGUCUAGCAACAAUAUUAUUACAGCGAUAUUGUUAAAAAAUAAGGCCAUAACAUAUUAAAAAAAUCACUCAAAUCUGACAAGAGGUUUAGGAAAUUCGAGAUAUCAAAAAUGACCCAUUUUGUGGGGUGCCCGUUUUCUCUGACGAGCAGUGUAUAUCAUUACAAAUAAAAUGCAAGCCUUACAUGCAAAAUUUAAAUUGUAGUGUAGGGUUAUAAGGCUAUUUAGUGGCCUCACAGUUUUGGAUAGUAUGUAUGUGUUAAGACGGCCACUCACGAUACUGCGGCGUUGUUCGACAAAAUCGUCAAUGACAUCAAUUCUGCAGUACUGUAGCAGACAGGCCAGUCUCUCUGUGGUCAAAUUGUAACGAUUUUAUUGGAUGAACGGUCACACACGAUUAAAAUUUCUGUCAAUUAGUCUAAUUCGACAAAAUUGAACGACGCCGGAUUACCGUGAUUGGCCGGCUUUAAAUAAGGGGUCUAGGACGUUUCAUCGCCGCCGGUUCAUUGCCGCCAGUUCAUCGCCGCCGGUUCAUCGCUGCCAGUUCAUCGCUGCCAGUUCAUCGCCGGCCGAUUCAUCGCCGGCCGAUUCAUCGCCAGUUAAUUAGUCGCUAACUGAUUUAUUUCCGACCAAUUUUCAACAGUUACAUUUAUUAUUUAUUUUUAAUAUUAAUUAGGAAUUCUAGGAAAUGACCUAACCUAACGUAACCUGACUACAUAAAUUUGAACAUAAUAUGUUUAAUAAAUAAAUAAAUAAAUUUGAACAUAAUAUAUAUUAUAUAUUUCUACAAAGGUUUCUACUAUUUAAUAUCAAAUUUAGGGGAAGCAGAAAUAGAACAGUAAAUUAAUAUAUUUUUUAUCUUUUUAAUUGUCAUAAGUUUUGAACUGAAUUUAACGUCGUGUCGUGUCAUCUCCCAUAAAACAAAAUCGACUGACUAACUGGCGAUGAAACGGACGGAGAUGAAACGGACGGCGAUGAAAUGGACUGGCGAUGAACUGAUGUACAUAAAGUUAGCGAAUCACUUCUCGCAAAUAUUAUGGCAAGCACAAUGGGAAUUUGCCGCUUCUUUGCCACUAAUUAGUUGUGGAAAAACUAAUUUUGCCACUCUUUUAUUUUUUUAAAUAUUCGAUGUUUCGCUAACUUCAUAUGAAGUUAGCGAAUCACAACAGCAAAAAAUGGUUUAAAUUCAAAUCGACAUGUUGCUGAACGCUUUUUGCCGCUCAUUAGUUGUGAAAAAAUUAAUUUUGCCGCUUUCUUAUGUUUUUUUUUAAUAUCCGAUGUUUCGCUAACUUCAUAUGAAGUUUGGGGUUAAGUGGAAGAAUAUUUUUGUUGUGUCUUAGAACACAGCAAAAUAAACUUCGCCCUCUAAUUUAGAGAAUGUACAGUUUGUUAUACUUAUUAUUUUUUUGGAAAUAAAAGUUGGUUUCCAGAAAGUUGGUUUAUUAUUAUUAUUAUUAUUAUUAAUCACAACAGCAUAAAAUGUUUCAAAUUCAAAUCGAGUAGGUGUUGAAUUUGUUGCUUUUUUGCCGCUCAUUAGUUGUGAAAAAAUUAAUUUUGCCGCUUUUUUAUUUUUCUUAAUAUUCGAUGUUUCGCUAACUUCAUAUGAAGUUAGCGAAUAACAUUCACAACGAAUAAUGUUUCAAGUGUAAAUUGAGUUGGUCCUGAAUUUGCCGCUUUUUUGCCGUUAAUUAGUUGUGGAAAUAGCUAUUUGUAUAACAAGGGAGGAAAGUGCUACUUUUCCUCCCGAGAAUGAAGUUUACUGCCCGACGCAUAGCGGAGGGCAGUAAUCAUUCAAGGGAGGAAAAGGCACUUUACUCCCAUGUUAUACAUAUGGUUUUUCCACCUUCCUCAAAUUAAUUACAAGUCAUUUUUUAUUUUUACUUUAUUUAAACAUUGUUAAAUCAAAAUAACAAUUUACUGUUUUUUACCAUUCUGCAAAAUACAGGGUGUUUUAUAAAUAAACGUUAAAAUGUAUAGAUACUUACAUAAUAGAAAAUAGAUAUUGGCGUCAAUAAGUUAUAUUUCAUGAAUGAAAUACCAUGACGUCACUUUUACUUUUCCUCCCUAGGGAGAAAAAGUACAACUUUGCACAAGUACAAUCAGGUCCGGAAAAGUAUACUUUCGGUAGAGGUAGGUGGAAAAAUUAAUUUUGUCGCUUUAUUAUUUUUUUAAUAUCGCGUGUUUGGCUAACUUCGUAAAGGGUGGGGAAUUAGUGCGAAGAAGUCCAAUUACUCGUUUAUCGUAAGAGAUAUAAAAAAAUGUUAUUUAGGUAAAAGUUGCUGCCCAGAGAGGACCAUAAUUUAAAAAUAUUUUCAAAUAUACAGGGCUAUCCGUAUUGACAGGGUGAUACAAACUUAUCUUUUUUUAAAUGGCAAACCUUGUAUAUUUUUACAUUUUUGGAUUCUCCUUUAUGUCUUCUUUCCUAAAAUAUAGGAUUUUGUAAUAAUAUACGAAGUAGUUUAAAAGAUAAUUACGUGUUUUUUUGUUAAUUUCGUAGCAAUAUUCACACCCUGUAGGAUUGUAGUAAUUUGACAUAAAAAUUUCUAUUUAUAUUCAAACGAUUUUUCAUAUAGUCUACUAUUGUUAAAAUUAUUAAUGUAGAGAAACGUUCAGUUUUAGUAUACAGGGUUGGUCAAACUCGGAAUGAGUAUUUUUUGAGUUUUCUUAAAUAGAUUUUAGUACUUAUAGUAUUUUAGUAUUGUAGUGAAAUGAUAUUUUAUGGAACUUUUUAUUUAUUAAGCAUUCCCUAUACCUAAGUGUUUUAAUUUGUGAGUUAUUCGUGAUUCUUUAAGCCAAACAUUAUCUUUUGCAACAAAAAAUAAGUACGUGAAAUUUUAUUAGGUCAUCGUGAAAAUAAUCAAUCAAAAUAAUUUUUUGAAAAAAAAACAUAAUCUAGACUGGUCGUUCCAUUCCACUUCCACUUCCAUAAAAUAUCAUUUCACUACAAUACUAAAAUCUAUUUAAGAAAACUCAAAAACUACUCAUUUCGAGUUUUGACCAACCCUUUAUACUAAAACUGAACGUUUCUCUAUAUUAAUAAUUUUAACAAUAGUAGACUAUAUUAAAAAUCGUUUGAACAUAAAUGAAAAUUUUGAUGUCAAAUUACUACAAUUCUACAGGUUGUGAAUAUUGCUACGAAAUAAAAAAAAAUGUAAUUAUCUUUUAAACUUCUUCGUAUAUUAUUACAAAAACCUAUAUUUUAGGAAAGAAUACAUAAAGGAGAAUCCAAAAAUGUAAAAAUAUACAGGGUGUGCCAUUUAAAAAAGCAAAAGUUUGUGUCACCCUGUCAAUACGGAUAGUCCUGUAUAUUUGAAAAUAUUUUUAAAUUAUGGUAACAUUUUUUUAUAUCUCUUACGAUAAACGAGUAAUUGGACUUCUUCGCACUAAUUCCCCAUCCUUUAUGAAGUUAGCGAAACCGCGAUAUUAAAAAAAAUAAUAAAGCGACAAAAUUAAUUUUUCCACAACUAAUUAACGACAAAAAAGCGGCAAAUUCAGGACCAACUCAAUUUACACUUGAAACAAUAUUCAUUCUUGUGAUUCGCUAACUUCAUAUGAAGUUAGCGAAACAUCGAAUAUUAAGAAAAAUAAAAAAGCGGCAAAAUUAAUUUUUUCACAACUAAUGAGCGGAAAAAAAGCGGCAAAUUCAGUACCAACUCGAUUUGAAUUUGAAACAUUUUUUGCUGUUGUGAUUCGCUAACUUCAUAUGAAGUUAGCGAAACAUCGGAUAUUAAAAAAAAUAAGAAAGCGGCAAAAUUAAUUUUUCCACAACUAAUUAGCGGCAAAAAAGCGGCAAAUUCCCAUUGUGCUUGCCAUAAUAUUUGCGAGAAGUGAUUCGCUAACUUUAUGUACAUGAUGAACUGGCGGCGAUGAAACGUCCCAUUCCGUUAAAUAAGUGCCUUAUUACCAUGAAAAGUCGGUUUUUUGCAAGAAUAACUAAUAUUUGUGUAUAUUUUGACUUGGUCAACAUUUAAAUGCAAGAUUCUUUCAGAGUAAAGUAGGCAGGAAACUAGUCAAAAAUCGAGAAGAAACGGGUGUUAAAAAACGAUGUGAUUUGCCAUAUUCACAUUUAAAAAAGAAAUAUUAUUAAGAGUUAGGCAGUUAGUUUAUUUCUCCGUUUUGUAUAUAUUUGUUUUAUUUUAAUUCUGUUAAAAAUCGGUACCUACUAUCAUAUUUUGUUUUCACCCAUUUUUGAAAAAAUGUAAAUAAAAAGGAUGAACUAUCCAUGUCCGUCUGUCCCAGUGAACACAACUACUCCGUCAUUAUACUAGAUAUAAUGACAAAUGAUUUGUCGAAUGAGAGCUUAUAACCCAAAGAUGGUGUUAGAGGUGAGAAAUUUGAUCUCAAACUUCCGGUUUCAGAGUACCUACCUAACAGUACUGUUUUAAAGUCGCCGAAAUAGUAGGAUAUAGUAUUCAACGCGCCUUAACAAGAUGAGAACAAAUAUGUACCACUUUCGAUUUUUAUAUCACUUUCGGUUAAAAAGUUUUUACCGAAUAAAAUUUGGUUUUUACCGACGUUAAGUUAGACGAAGAGUUCAAAUAUCGACGAACAAACAAGCAUACAUUUGGGAAAUGUACCGAUAGAAAGCGUUGAUAAAUACAAAUACCUAGGAACCUGGAUUUCAGAGAAAAAUGAUCAAACAACAGAAAUAAGAACCAGGAUAGAAAUAGCAAGAAAUGCGUUUGUAAAAAUGAGAACAAUUCUCUGCAAUAAAGAACUUGGCUUAGAACUGAGAGUAAGUAAGAGCUUUGAGAUGCUACGUGUUCUCGAUACUAUAAUGUGGACUUGAAAGUUGGACAUUGAAGCAAGAACACAUAAAUAAGCUAUAGUCAUUUGAAAUGUGGUGUUACAGAAGGAUGCGUAGAAUAGCAUGGACACAGAAGAAAACGAACACGGAAGUAUUGCGAGAAAUGGACAAAGAAUGCGAAAUAAUAAACACAAUAAAAAAGAAAGUUGCAAUAUCUGGGACACGUAAUGAGGGGACAGCGAUAUGAAAUGCUAAGACUGAUAAUACAGGGAAAGAUAAGAGGCAGAAGGAGUAUAGGAAGAAGGAGAGUGUCAUGGUUGAAGCAUUUAAGGGAAUGGUUUAAAUGCAGUUCUAUAGAACUCUUCAUAGCAGCGGUAGAUAGAGUAAAGAUUGUUAUGAUGAUAUCCAACCUCCGAUUAGGAGACGGCCCUUAAAGAAGAAGAUUCUACUUCCGGUCGCGUUGGGUGAAAACCUUGGACUUAGGAAGUCCAAUUGCUUGUUUGAAUUUUGGAUUAUCCACUUUGUCUUUCAUCUCUUACUGAUGUAUCAUAUAUCAUUUGAUAGCACAUUUGAUUGUGAAAUUCUGGCCAGAAUGAUUGCCAACAUUAGAAGAUAAUGGAUAGGCACUAAAAGGACAUGGUUCUAGAACUUUCAGAAUAUAUUUUAUGAAUUAUUUUAAAAUAAUGCUGGUCUAGGAUACAAAUUGAGUCAGAAUUGUAAACUAUACUAAAAUCACAAUAAAAAUGCACUAGAAAUAAACAAACCAAGACACGUUGAAUGUUACAAGGAGCACUCCCAAAUCACGAUGUACAUUGUUUAUACAUUGUAAAUCCCUAAUCAUGAUUUACAAACUUUAUACAUACAUUGUAAAUCAUGAUUCGGGAGUGCUCGUCGUAACAUUGAACGUGUCUUGGUUUGUUUAUUUCUAGUGCAUCUUUAUUAUGAUUUUAAUAAAAUUAAGUCUUUUGUGACACUGGCCUGAAAAUCAUUCGGUGACACCGAUUUCUUUGGGGCUUCUAUUUCCGAUUCUACAUAACCGAUUUCUAUACAGAAUUAGAUUUACAAGCUUUUAUUUGUAUGGUUUUGAGACAUGGUCGUUAAAAACCACAAUGCUAAAUAAAUUAGAAACAUUCGAAUUGUGGUGCUAUCGACGAAUCCUAAAGAUAUCGUGGGUUUCGCACACUUCCAAUGAAGAUGUUCUCCAAAUGAUGAAUUCAGAACGUCUGCUCAUAAACAUCAUAAAGAGGAGAAAAACAGAAUACUUCGGCUAUAUAAUUAGAGGACCUAAAUACCAUCUACUUCGCCUUAUAAUACACGGAAAAGUGGAGGGAAAGAGAUAUGGAUUGGUCGAAAGAAACUUUCAUGGUUGCGUAAUAUUAGACAAUGGUGUGGUUCCACGGUAGAAGAAUUAUUUCGCGCAGCAGCCGAUAGAUAGAGGUUUCAGGAACUUGUAAACAUGAUGACGACCAACGUCUGAAUACGGACACGGCACCUGAAGAAGAAUAAGCUUUUAUUUGUACACAAACUUGUUUUAUAGUACCAAUGAAAGGAGAUACUAUAGGAUGAACAUUAGAGUAAGCAAUCAAAAGAAUAUUAUGCUAAGAAAAGAAGAGUAAUUGUAUGAGUCGGCCCGGUUGGAAGUCAAUAGUUUUGUUGUUAGUAGUCAUUUAAGUAACAAAACUGAUAUUGAUUUUACCUAUUACAUAUCUCGAAAAAUAUUCGUGAUAUAAAGUAUGUAUUAACUAUGUUUAAUACCAAAGAGGAUCUCGAGUACAUGACACGAAAAUUGAAUGAGGAAUUUAAAAAAUGGUGUCUGAUUAUGAACAUAGAAAAGACGUUGUACCUCUGCGUAGGAGAGGAAAUUUCUGACCUACAACUGGAAAACAAUAAAACAAUAAAACGAUGUGAAGACUGGAAUAAAUAACUCUGGGAAUAAAUUUUAACAAAGAAGGAUGACGCAGAGAUAAACUGUAGAAUAAAUAAAGCUAGAAAAUUAAUUAAGUCUCUGAAUGGAAUAUUAUGGAGUACUUAAAUAGGAAAACAAAGAAAAUUGAGAAUAUAUGACACAAUGAUAAAAUGCACACUGCUGUACGGAUCUGAAACGAAGCUAGGACAAAUAAUACCUGGACAAAUAAUCCCCACAAAAAAUCCCCACAAAUAAUCCCCACAAAAAAUCCCGGACAAAUAAUUCCCACAAAUUUUUUUGUACAAAAUAUCCCCACAAAAAAUUCCGGACAAAAAAUCCCCAAGUUUGCUACCGAAUAGUUUUAUAAAAGUUUUCCCGUGAAUGCAAUCAGCUCAAAUGUUUUUCAGCCUCAGUGCAUGAGAGUUAUAGAUAGAUGCAUAUGAAACCGCUUUGCGGCAGGAAAAUAAUGGAUAACAAUUAAGAUUAAGCAUGAAUUGUAAUUUCAAUUACCACAUUUCGAAUUCCAAUUCCAUGCCAAAAACUUUAAAUUUUACAUGGCAAAAGAGUGUGUGCUUUUUCAAAAAUCGUGGAAGAUGUGGGGAAUGAGCUAAGGCUGUGCGAAUCAUGUUGUAAUUAUUUACUUAAAUCUUUAGCUCACUCUGCUUUGAAUAACUAUGUUCAAAACAUUGCCUAUUCUUGAUGAUAACUUCGGUCCUGUAAACGACAAUCAUGAUUUUAAUGCAAAAAAAACCUGUUCCUUUUGCAAAAAGGACACCGUACCGCGCACAUCUUAUGGAAAAUAUAAUCUCACUCAAAUGCAAUAAAAUUAUUGCUCUACUACUAAAUAUCAUUGCGUCAAGUCUGAAUUUUUUAUAAUAACGGAGAAAAUUGUAAAUUUCGAUAAACUUUAAUUCCAAUUUACGCCGUUAUUAUAAUUAUCGGCAUGGAAUUGGAAAUUUGGUAAUCGAAAUUAAUCUGUUUAAUGACUAAUCUUAAUAACUAAUCAUUAUUUUCGUGACGAAGAGCGGUUUCAUGGCGAUUGGAAAACUUUUACGAGGACUAUAUUCGGCAUCAAAAAUUUCUUGGGGAUUUUUUGUCUGGAAUUUUUUGUGGGGAUAUUUUGUCCAAAACAAUUUGUGGAGAUUAUUUGUUUGUGAUUUUCUGUGGGGAUUUUUUGUCCGGGGAUUUUUUGUCCAGGGAUAAUUUGUGGGGAUUUUUUGUCCGGGAUUAUUUGUCCUAACCCCUAUGAAACAUGGCUUCUUAAAUAUCAUGGCGAAUAUCAAAUAAGGUAAAUAGAAGCCACAGAAAUGGAUGUAUUAAGAAGAGCAGCUCUGGUCUCUUGGGUGUCCAGAAAUUUGUUAAUUAUUGGUAAAUUUAUCUAUCUCAUGGGUGCAACUAAGCUAUCUGAAUUUUAUAUGAAACUUAAUAUUUUUUGGUUGAAGUUUAUGUUAGUUGAUUCUAAAGGAUUUUUAUCACAAAUGGCGAGUCACUAUUUUUAAUUAAGUUCGAAAAUACUACCAGAGUUUAUAUUAAAAUGUUUCUACAUCUUCAUAUAUUUGUUGCAUAUUUCAGUGGCAAACAUAUAGACUUUUUGACACCUCGUUGGAAAAAAUUUUGGAGACUUUGUAUUUAAAUUUAGAUUAGUGGCUUCCAGUGUGAAUGUAUAUAUAAUGUAUAUUAAAAAUGACGAGUGAUCUUUUUACCAUAUAGUUAUGCGUUUUUAUCUUAUAGUAUUUGAUGAUACCGUCCAAUGUAAAUAAGGUGUUCCUCUUUCUAUAAAUUUGUAUAGAUGUAAUAUAUUUUAAGGGACUUACCAAAUAUUCCGUCCGUAAUAUUUGUAUUAAAUACCCUAAAAAAUACUAAUUUAACAGAAAAUAAUGCCAUAACAAAUAACUUAAACGAUUGCCUAAUUGUAUACAAAAUAAACUAUAAAGGUACGUAUAGAUAUGCGCGCCGCGCACUUCGCGCCGUGAGUGCGUCGCGCCUUUGUGGCGCCAACAGAAGUUAAAUCGGUAUGCUCCGUGUGCGCCACUUGAAAACACGUACUAAUCUAACGAACGCUCAGCGCACACACGGCGCUAAGUGCGCGGCGCGCAUAUCUACACGUACCUUUUGAGUGAUAUUCAACACCAAACACCAACAUCUAACCUCGUACUCAAAUGAAAAGUUUGGCCUGAUAUUUUUGAUUCAUUACCUCUUAUUACGUAUUCUCCCCUCGGAACAGAUCUGCAGUACUGAUUACCAACAGUACUUAAAAAAUGUACUUAAGUACUUUUAAGUACUUAAGUACUUUACUCUAAGUACUUCAAAAAAUACGUGUACUGGUACUUGAACUUUUAAGUAUUCCGACAAAUACUUGUACUGAGUAGUUAAAUUUGUUUUAAGUAUAUCUUGCAAUUUAAAAAAUAAAUAGCUAUCUGUAUAACAAGGGAGCAAAGUAGCAAAGUGCUACUUUUCCUCCCGAGAAUGAAGUUUACCGCCCGACGCGUAGCGGAGGGCAGUAUUCAUUCAAGGGAGGAAAAGGCACUUUACUCCCAUGUUAUACAUAUGAUUUUUCCACCUUCCUCAAAUAUCAAGUCAUUUUUUCAUUUCUAAAUAAUUUUUUUAGUACUUAACUAACAAAAUUUAUUACAGAACUAAAACAGGUACAGUAUAACUAUCAACAACUGUCAAAUAUAAGUCAAAUUAUUAAUGAAACAUUGUUAAAUCAAAAUAACAAUUUACUGAUUUUUACCAUUCUGCAAAAUACAGGGUGUUCUAUAAAUUAACGUUAAGAUGUAUGAUGCAGAGGCGUAGCUACCGCCGUAUCAGCUGUAUCAAUUAUACGGGGCCCCAGUGAAGUAUGUAGAAACAAAAUUCCAUUUAAAAAAAAUGAUCAAAAUAUUCUAAAAUUAUUAUUUCACUAUUAAAUAUAGAAGAAUCCCGAAAAAUCUUUUUAUGACUUAUACUCUUAGUACAUAGCACGUUAUGCAUAGCAUGUCUAAUAAAUUAUAUUUAUCUAUUUUCUAUUCUCUCCCGCUCGCCGCUAUUCCAUCAACAAAGCUUUUUUGUUUUCAAGCUACCUUUCAUUGUCCAUUCACCGUUGCGUUGACUGUGAGUGAUACAUUGUAUAAUGUAUAAUGCCAAAUUUUUGUGUAUUGUUUGGGUAUAUUUUCGUGUAAUCUGUUCUUUAUCUAUCAAUUGUAUUUAUGUACCUACAUCUAUUUGCCAGCCCGUUAGAACAGAGCUUCUUUGUUUAAGCUCAUUUUCAAUGUCCAUUUACCCUAGGCUUGAAAAAACUGAAUCUGUUGUCAAAGAAUGAGUCUCAACAAUUCAAAUCUGUUUUUCGACUUUGAUUUAUUAGUUUGUUAGUUUUAUUAUUAUUAUCUUUGUUUGGGUGUUAUACUCAGAACUUAUUAGUUCCUAAGGUUGUACAUAUUAUGUAAUUUGCAAUUUAUUUAACUUUUGCCAUAGAUUGUUUUGUUUUAUUUCAAUAUCUUUUAUUUUGUAAUAAUAUAUAUACAAUAACACUAAAUGCCUUUUAGACCCAUGGCUUGAAAAGUUUGGUCUUUCUUCAUUUUCACUUUUCUUUAUGUACUGAGAUCUUCUGUGGCUUGGUAUGUGAUUUUCCUCUAUUCCUUCCUGUUAUCCAUGUUUCUUUUCUGCUCUUCUAUUUUCCCAUUCUUUCCAUAUAUUUUUCGACCUCUUGCUUCCAUCUAUUUUUCGGCCUUCCUUUUCUAUUUUUUGAAGCUAUAGUGUAGUUUAGUACCUUUUUGGAGUCCUCGUGUUCGGUAUCCUUCCUAAGUGACCUCACCAUCUAAGUCUCUAUGUCUUUAUCACUCCUAUUAUAUUAGGUUGAUUGUAUAAUUCCUUGAACUCAUUAUUUGAUCUUUUUAUCCAUAAACCGUCCCUUAUUAUGCCUCCAUAUAUCUUCCUCAGGGUUUUCCUUUCCCAGACCUCCAAUAAAUUGUGUUUAUUUUUUGUCAUUGUCCAUGUCUCACUGGUGUAUGCUACUCUUGGUUAUAUAAUUGGUUCGUAUAACUGUAUUUUUGCCUUUCUUGAUAAAAACUUGCUAUUCAAUAUUCCAUUAUGCACAUGUACACUUCUAUUGCCUGCCAUUAUCUACCUUGUAUUUUAUCUUUAAUGUUCGGUUUACGUGAUAUUAUUGCUCCUAUGUAUAUAAAUCUUUCUACCAUUUCGAAUUCGUAUGAUUUUCCUUAGUUCUACUUUAAACUUUGGUCCAUUCCUGAAAUGACUAUAUGUCCACGCCAUUUACAGUUUCAUUUAUGUACAGUCCCAUUUUAUUCUCUGCUUUUACUAUUUUCUGUACUAUCUCUUGUAGCUCUUUUUUCCCUUGCCUGCAACACCACAUCAUCUGCAAAUGCCAAAACUCGGUGGCUUUUUUGAUGUAGGAGUCCUUCUCUAUUGAUUUUCGCUUUUCGCAUUACUUUUUCUAUUAGUCAUAAGUUGGAGAGUAAU